AUGCACAAGCGCAUGGCGAACGGACGAGCCACUGCGCGAGAGUCGCUCUUCUCUGGAGCUUCUUCAAGGCCCCAGAAUGGACGGACUGUCGACAAUGGCGAGCAAGCGAAGCGGCUGUUGGAAGAUCAGAACGACGAACAGAUCAGCCACUUGUCGCUGCAGAUCACACAGCUGAAGCAGCUAUCCGGUAGUAUCCACGCAGAAGUGUUGGACCAGAACCGUUUUCUUGAUGGCAUGGGGAAGGAAUUUGACAACACGGAAGGGUUGCUGGGCGGCACGAUGAAGCGGCUAGGCGUCAUGAUGGAGCAGGGUGGAAGCAAACACAUGCUGUAUCUGGUCCUGUUUGUGGUCGUGGUGUUUGUGCUGCUGUACUUUGCCAUUCGGUCCCACUAG